AUGGGGUGCAACACCAGUAGUACUGCCGCUAGCUCAUCUGCCAGUACAAAAGAUGGAAAAACCACUGGCAAUGCGCAAGACAAGCAGCAGGCCAAGGAAGAGAAUAAACAGUAUCAGGCGACCAUGUCGUUCCUGUCGCAAGUCCCACUCUUCAUGAGACUGCCAAAGGACCAGCAUCCCAUCCUGGCUGCUGCCUGUGUCAAUCAGCCGUUCAAGGCAGGUCAGACCAUCAUCACGCAGGGUGAAGUUGGCAGAGAGUUCUUCAUCAUCCAGUCCGGAGAGGCGGAGGUCCUGGUUGGCGAGGCAGGAAAUCAGAAGAAGGUCGCGGCGCUGAAGCAGGGCGACUACUUCGGAGAAAAUGCCUUGCUUCGAAAUGAGCCCCGCUCUGCCACCAUCAAGGCGGUGACCGAGAUCAGGACCCUCAAGAUUACACAGGAGAAAUUCCAGGAGUUGGGUCUGAAUGAGAAGAUCCAAUUUGCCAACAGAAAAGCAGUGGGUGCUGGAGGCAAGAGACAGCUUGUGGUGCAGCCGCCGUCAGAGAAGAAUGGAGAUGAGCGGCAGCUGAUGGAGAAAGCGUUGAAGAAGAACGAGAACAUCCAGACAAUGGUGAAAUUAGACGAGAUCCGUGUGAAGCAGAUCAUUGACAUUGCCUGGAAAGAGAACGUCCCUAGCGGCAAGGAAAUCAUCUCUGAAGGUGAUCUGAUUGCGGACUAUUUUUAUAUUUGCCAGUCGGGGACAUUUGAGAUCUUUGUUGCAGACGCCAAGAAGGGUGGCCAGGGGGGCCGGAAGCUGGUGCAAACUGUGACGGCUGGUGGCAGCUUUGGGGAGCUGGCCUUGCUUUACCUGGUGCCACGGGCUGCCACAGUCAUUGCGAAGGAAGACUCCUCUGUUUGGGUCAUCGAUCGCAAGAACUUCAAAGACAUUUUGAUGAAGGUUUCUGACGAAAAGAUUCAGGAGUACGUGAAGUAUUUGAGCAGGGUUGAAAUUUUGAGCAGUUUGCUCGCUGCAGAGAAGCAGCAAGUGGCCAAAGCGCUAAUGGAAGUGCACUUUGCGAAGAACGAGGUGAUCAUUCAACAAGGUGAUCCGGGUACAACUUUUUAUAUUCUCUUUGAAGGAGAGGUUGCGGUUUCCAUAGAUGGUGACGAGAAGGUUCGCCUCCAGGCAAGCGAAGACAGGGGGACAGCUCAGUAUUUUGGCGAGCGCGCCCUGUUGCACAACGAGCCGCGUGCGGCAACAGUCAGGGUAGUGUCCAAAGACGCCAAGGCGCUGGCAUUGGACAAGGAAGCCUUCGACUUGCUGCUAGGGCCGCUGGAGGAAAUCCUCGCUCGGAAGGACCAAGGAAAUCAACCAUCGAAGGCCGGCGCUGUGGCACCUCCCGCAGGAGGAGCGGGCGGUGGCCGAGAUCCAAACAGGCCAAAGAUCCUGAUGACCGAUCUCCAGAAGGUUGGCCUCCUCGGAGCAGGCGGCUUCGGUGCCGUAGAACUGUGGGAGCACAAGACCACCGGAGAGACUUAUGCCAUGAAAUGCAUUAGCAAGGGAUUCAUCGUAAAGACGGGGAUGCAGGACAGCGUGAUCACUGAGAAAAACAUCCUGUUCAUGACGAACUCAGACUUCAUCAUCCGUCUCUAUGAGACGUACAACUCCAAGCAGUCGAUCUAUUUUUUGAUGGAGCCUGCUCUGGGAGGAGAGUUGUAUUCGAUGUACCAGCGGAAGGGCUUCUAUGGCAGUGAGAAGCAUGCCAGAUACUACUCAGCGGGGGUGGUGUGCGCUUUCGAGCAUCUGCACGAAAGACACAUCAUCUACAGGGACCUAAAGCCAGAGAACCUGCUUCUCAAUGAGAAGGGGCAUCUCAAGGUCACUGAUAUGGGUUUGGCCAAGUUCGUCAUCGGAAAGACCUACACAACCUGUGGAACCCCGGACUAUUUUGCGCCGGAGGUCAUUGCCUCGACCGGACAUACCCAUGCCGUGGAUUGGUGGAUGCUUGGGGUGCUGAUCUUCGAAUUCAUGACGGGGUCAGCUCCCUUCGAAGCGCCGUACCCCAUGCAGAUCUAUGCAAAGGUCCUGAAGGGUAUCAAUUCCGUGAAGUUCCCUCCGCAGCUGUCGCCUCAAUGUGUAGAUCUCAUCAAGGCAAUCUGUCAGAAGGAGCCAGCAGACAGAUUACCGAUGCUGCCUGGUGGCGCUAAGAACUUGAAGGCACAUGCCUGGUACAAAGGCUUCAAUUGGGAUAAGUUCGUGGAGUUUACGCUGGAUCCUCCGUUCGCACCGAAGGUGAGAGGCAAGAAGGAUUUGGCAAACUUCAGCGUCCAUCCCGAUGAAAUGCCGCGUUUCAUCGAGUACGUGGAUGAUGGAAGUGGGUGGGAUAAGGACUUCGCAACGUGCUGA